AUAUGCAUGUGACCCGUGCUAAAGCCAGUUAGCCGUCUAGUCACCUUACCGUCAAUGGCUACUCAUGACUUACCAGCUAGAACAACACAUAGAAUAAACUCCGGGUUUUUAACAUUGUCGUAUCAUUUGUGACAUGUUCCAAUGACAGCAAUUUCCCCUCUCCACGGGCAGUAAAUGAGGUUUAACCUCUAUAUUUGUGAAGACAUGACUACUGUCAAACAAGAAGGUAAAGACACCGUUAUCUUUGUUACCAAAGAGGAUCAUGCAACGCCCAGCAAUGCUGAGCUUGUAGAAGAAGACCCCAACGAUCCUUAUGAGGAGCGAGGUUUGAUUCUUCCCAGUGGUGACAUUAACUGGAACUGCCCUUGCCUGGGCGGGAUGGCCAGUGGUCCCUGCGGGGUCGACUUUAAGGAGGCCUUCUCGUGUUUCCACUACAGUAAAGAGGAAGUGAAAGGCUCCGAGUGCCUGGAUCAGUUCACGGCCAUGCAGGAGUGCAUGCAGCGCUACCCGGAACUCUACCCUCAAGAAGACGACAAGGUCCCGGAUGGAGAGCAGCGCUCGGAAGAAACGCCCGGUGACUCUAAGUCCACAUCUGACACUGUGCAGGACUGUGACGGCACAAAGCCCAGUAGCGCCCUAGAAAGCUAACAACAUGUUUGCAAACACAUGUUCAUGUGUGAGACUUGGUCAAGAUGUGCUUUACUGAUGCAAAUCUUAAGGGCGUACUUACACGACGAUGCCGUGCAGUCCAUGCCUGGGCCCCUCUCGUGAAAAUCAAUGACCGCUACAACAAGAUAUACAAUCACGACUCCAGAUAAUAAUCAAUGAAGUAAUAACAAUGGCUCUAUUAAAGUUAAAGUCAGUUAAAGUCCCAACUAUAGUCACACACACACACACUAGGUGUGGUGAAAUUACCCUCUGCAUUUGACCCAUUUUCUUUUUUCCUGAAAGAAUCAAUAAAGUACCGUAUUUUUCGAAGUAUAAGUCGCACCGGAGUAUAAGUCGCACCGGCCGAAAAUGCAUAAUAAAGAAGGAAAAAAACAUAUAUAAGUCACACUGGAGUAUAAGUCGCAUUUUUUGGGGGACAUUUAUUUGAUAAAAUCCAACACCAAGAAUAGACAUUUGAAAGGCAAUUUAAAAUAAAUAAAGAAUAGUGAACAACAGGCUGAAUAAGUGUACGUUAUAUGAGGCAUAAAUAACCAACUGGUAUGUUAACGUAACAUAUUAUGGUAAGAGUCAUUCAAAUAACUAUAACAUAUAGAACAUGCUAUACGUUUUCCAAACAAUCUGUCACUCCUAAUCGCUAAAUCCCAUGAAAUCUUAUACGUCUAGUCUCUUACGUGAAUGAGCUAAAUAAUAUUGAUAUUUUACGCUAAUGUGUUAAUAAUUUCACACAUAAGUCGCUCCUCAGUAUAAGUCGCACCCCCGGCCAAACUAUGAAAAAAACUGCGACUUAUAGUCCAAAAAAUACGGUAUUUAAUUUGCUUCUCAUCUCUCUUGCAGAGUCCAUCAAAAUCGCACGCUCCAUGGCCAAUUGUGCUAAAUAGAGCUCACACACACACACACGACUCCAAAUAAGAGAUCAAGCAGUCCAGUACGGAAGAAUUCUAGAGACAUUUCCGUAAAAUUGAGAAAAGAAGUGAUGGCCGCGUGUGAGUACGCCCUCAAAGACUCGUGAGAUGACCGAACAAGAUGUUGCUUUACAGUUAGUUGUGCUAAAUGCAUUUCAUGUACGCUGUUAGUCACCUUUUUAUACUGUUCAAAGUACUGCACUACAAAGUAUUUCUACUGAUUCUAUUUCUCCUCACUUUUAUUUGUCAUCGUAACCACACACAAAGCAUUUAUACCUCAAUUACGUCCAAGUUACUCAAAUAAAUAUUGUUGGGCA